AUGUUAGAAAUUUUUAUAAAUAGCAAAACUUUGCUUUUUUUUUUGGUUUUAGGUAGAAUUGAACAGAAACAACUAACUUAUGAAAUUGUUAUUCCUCAACGAUUUUAUUCUCGAAAAUCUAUUUUACAAAAACGUUCAUCAAAUAAAUAUUUAUUUUAUCGUAUUUAUGCAUUUAAUCAAACAUUUGAGUUAUCAUUAAUACAAAAUGAAAUAUUUCUAUCUCCAUCAUUUAUUACACAAUAUUUUAAUGAUAAUCAAACACGGAUAAAUCGUAAUAUUCAACAAUGUUUUUAUCAAGGUUAUAUUAAUAAUAAUCAUCUAUCAAUAGUAUCAAUUAAUUUAUGUAAUGGAUUAUUUGGAACAUUUAUUUAUAAUAAUACGGAAUAUUUUAUCGAACCAAAAUAUCAAACAAAUAAUACAAUAUGGAAUUUUGAACAUAUGAUUUAUACUUCUAAUAAGUUAUUAUUAUCAACGAAUCAUUGUCCUGUUGAUGGUAAGCUGGAUUUUGAAAAAAAAGAUGAUACCCAUCAUCAUGUACAACUUUCUUAUACUCGAAAAAGACGUAAAUUAAGUUUUGAUAGAACGGCAAAACAUGUUGAAAUACUUAUUGCUUAUGAUGAUUCAAUAAAAGAAUUUCAUUCCGAUAUUGAUAUUAGAUCAUAUAUACUUACAUUAUUUAGUUAUGUAUCACAUUUAUAUUCAGAUGCAAGUAUUGGAAAUAAUAUUAAAAUUUGGUUAGUUAAAUUAGUCGAAUUAGGAAAAGAUUUAAGUAAUGAAAUAAAAUUAACUGAUAAUGCAGCUGAUUUAUUAAGUAAAUUUUGUAAAUGGCAAAGAAAUUAUAAUGUACCAGGUACAUACGAUGCAGCUGUUCUUCUUACUAGAAUACCAUUGUGUAAUAUACACUCAAAAAAUACAACUGAUAGUAAAUGUGAUACAUUAGGUAUAACAGAAUUAGGUACAAUGUGUAAUCUAACAUCAAAUUGUGCUAUUGUACGUGAUAAUGGAUUUGCAACAGCAUUUACAAUUGCACAUGAAAUAGCUCAUUUAUUUGGUAUUCGUCAUGAUAAUGAUAAAGCUUGUUUAAAUUUUAAUAAAGAACAAAAUCUUAUGGCAACUUCACUUACAUUUGAUCAUAAUCAUUAUAAAUGGUCAAAUUGUAGUAGAUUUUAUUUUACUCAAUAUCUUGAGUCUGAUCGAUAUCCAUGUUUGAAUAAUAUACCAGAUUAUAAAUCAUCAUUAUUUGAAGGUUUAAAUGAUGAACAAAAUGCUCGUGAAUUCCCUGGUCAUUUUAAUGAUCUUGAUGAACAAUGUCGUCGAGCAUUUGGCAUUCAAUUUGAAUACUGUAAAGAUAUGAGUCAUGGUCCAAAAUGUGCUCGACUUUAUUGUCGAGAAAUAUUAUCACAUUCAUUAUCAUCAUGUAUAACUAAUCAUGCUCACUGGUCUGAUGGUACUGGAUGUUCAGAAACAAAAAACGACAUUAAACGUUGUUUUCAUGGUCUUUGUCGAAGUACACAUGAUUUAAAAGCAAUACAUGGUAAUUGGGGUGAAUGGUCAUCUUGGUCAACUUGUACAAGAACUUGUGGAAGUGCAGUACAAAAAUCACAACGAUUUUGUGAUAAUCCGAAACCAGAAAAUGGUGGCCAGUAUUGUUCUGGUCAAUCAACUCGAAUACAAUCAUGUGAAAAUAAUCCACCUUGUGAAGAUUCUAUUGAUAUGUUUCGUCAACGGCAAUGUUCUGUUUAUAAUAAUCAUACUAUUGAUCCAUCAUUACCUAUUGGAGUACGAUUUGAACCAAAAUAUAAUGUUCUACCAAAUGAACGGUGUAAAUUAAUCUGUAAAGUAUCUGAUGAUCGUCUUGAACGAUCUUUUAUCUUUAGCGAUCGUGUUGAAGAUGGUACAUUAUGUGGACGUGAAGAUGAAUCUCGUGAUAUUUGUAUAAAUGGUAUUUGUAUGCCAAUUGGUUGUGAUUAUAAAUAUGGAUCUAAUGCAACAGAAGAUGUUUGUGGUGUAUGUAAUGGUCAAAAUCGUACAUGUAAAUUAAUUCAUGAUGAAAAAACUAUUUCCGAUAUUGGAAUAAUACAUUUAGUUGAUAUUCCAGUUAAUACAACACGCCUUAGUGUUACACAAAUUUCUUCAAAUAUAGAUCGUUAUUAUUUAGCAGUUAGAUAUACUAAUGGAACUUAUAUUCUUAAUGGUUUAUAUAGUUUACAAUUAUAUAAUAUUCAAAUUCGUAUUAGUAGUGCAAAACUUGUUUAUAGUGGAUUUGAUUCUAUUAAUGAAAGUAUUCUAAUAACGGGUCGCAUUAAAGACUCAAUUGAAGUUCAACUUAUAUCAAUUUAUGAAUCAGAUCCACCAUUAACAAAAGUUUAUUGGGAAUAUUAUACUCCAUUUGAUGAAAAUGAUUUUGUUCGACAAUAUGAAUAUCAAACAAGAGAUUAUCAUUGUGAUCGACCAUGUCAAGGUUUUAAACAAGUUAAAAAAUGUUUUAUACAUGAUACAGAAUAUGAUUUAAAUUAUUGUUUCAUUUUUAAAUUAUCAUUUAAAUAUAAAAUCGAACGAUGUAAUGAUGAUUGUGUAUUAAGUUGGACAGCAAAAUAUCAACAAACUUGUUCAACACGUUGCGGCAGUGGUUUUAAACGUGUUUUAUAUGAAUGUACAAAGAAUAAUUCUACGAUGGAAAUUAUCGAUGAGGAAAUUUGUAGGAAACAUGUUAGUGAAAAACCAAAUGAUAUUGUACCAUGUGUGGGUGAUUGUAAUGAAAUAGGAUGGGUUUAUGGAGAUUGGGAUAAAUGUUAUUAUGAUGGAAAUUGUAUACGUAAACGUUUAGUUGCAUGUCGGAAUGCAGCAGAUAUAACAUUACCAAAUGAUUAUUGUAAUAUGGAAUUUAUAUCAAACAUUGAACGAUGUCCUGAACCAGACUGCCAACAAUCUCAAUCGAAUUUAACUACAUGGUCUGAUUGUGAUUGCAUUGCAAAACGUCGCCGACAAGAUAUUUCAUGUUUUCGUCAUGGUAAACAAAUAAAUAAUCAUGAUUGUAUAUAUGAAAUGAAACCAGAUGAAAUAGUUUCAUGUCUUAGUGAAUGUUUCAAACCAUAUUGGUUAACAUAUUCAUGGCAAUCAUGUAUAGCAAAAUCAUGUUCAUCAUCGAUAGGUAUUCGUCAUCGUCGAGUUGUAUGUUUUGAUAAAAAUUCUAUUGUACAAGAUGAUUUAUGUGAUGAACAAUUAAAACCUAUUGAAGAAGAAUUGUGUACAACAAAUAUCAGUUGUUUAACAUGGUUUAUUGGUGAAUGGUCAACUUGUUCAGUGACAUGUGGUCAAGGUAUUCAACAACGUAAAGUUUAUUGUAAUGAUCCAUUACGUUCAACAUCGAUUAUAUCCGAUAAUAAAUGUCAAAGUAUACUAGGUAAAAAUAGUAAACCAAUUGAACAACAAUAUUGUUCAAUUACAAAAUGUCCUUAUUGGGAAAUGAGUUUAUGGAGUAAUUGUUCCGGUAAAUGUGGUUUAGCAAAACGUGAUCGACGUAUAUGGUGUGUACAUAAUGGAUAUAAAGUUGAUGAGAAUUAUUGCUUACGAAUGUAUAAUGAAACACCUUCAACAAGAGAAAUAUGUAAUGAAAAAUUUUAUUGUCCAAAUUGGAUAGUUGGAUUAUGGUCUGAAUGUUCGGUAACAUGUGAUAUUGGAAUACAAAAUCGUUCAGUUUUAUGUAAAAAUAAAGAUGAAAUAGUUAAGAGAGAAGAAUGUGAUGAUCUUAAUAAACCAAUAUCAAUAAGACAAUGUAGUAUGAUUCCAUGUCAACCUAUAAUACCAACUUGGAUGACAAGUGAUUGGGCUCCGUGUGAUCUUCGAACAUGUCUACAAAGACGAACAAUUCAUUGCAUUGAUUUAAUAUAUAGACGAAAUCUUUCAUUAUUUCAAUGUAAACAAAAUCAAAUUCAACCAUCAUUGAGACGAACUUGUCCGAUAUCAACUUGUUUAGAAUGGCAAGUUGGACGAUGGCUUGGUUGUCCUGUCAAAUGUGGUUUUGGUAUUGAAUAUGGUUUUAAUUUUCAUUGUUAUACUCGUCGACUACCGAUUCGACGAUUGAAUAGUAAACAAUGUGAAUUAGUUGAACCUCCAUUACGUAAGCCAAUAUUAAGGCGAAUUUGUCGAAAAAAUUGUCUUGAUUGGAGAACGAACGGGUUGACUAAGAUAAUAUCAAAAAAUAAUUCAUCGAGAAAAUUAUUUUCAUUAUUAAUAAUUCUUAUUUCAUUACUAUUUGUUCUAUAA